AUGAAACAUCAUGUUAUUAUGUCAGGUGGCAGUUAUCAAAAUAAUUUUGAAUUUGCCAAAAAUUUGUAUAUUUUGAUAUUUCAAAAAGUAUUCAACAAAAUGGUGAAACGAUCUAGUGAUCAAUCAAAAACUUUAAUCCUAAACGUAGUUUCCUAUUUUAAGAAACACAAAUCUAUUUGCGAGGCUCUUGGAAAGAGGUACAAUCAAAUUGCUGCAGAGGUAUUAAAUAUUUCGCAGAAAACUAUCUAUAGACUUAGUAUACCAACAAAUUCUGAUACAGAGUAUGUGAAAAUAAUGACUAAAAAAAGUAAGCCAAAGUAA